UUAGGUGACGAAAUUUUCAUUAAAUGCAAACUUUCUCCUAGCUCGAAAAACCAGGUAACAUGGUUUAAAGACGGACAACCGCUUAGUGAACUUAAAGAUGGUAGAAUAAAAAUCAAUUCAAAUAGUGAAUCCGGAAUUCAAACAUUAAAAAUAGCAAAAGCUUUAUGGGAAGAUGUUGGUGAUUUGGUUAUGAUUGCCGAAAACGAAAACGGAAUAGUCGAAUGUACUGUACCUAUCAACGUUUUAUCGAAAACCCGGAAUGAGAGUUUGAAAAUUGACCAAUUUAUUUGCCCGUCGUUAAUCAAAACAGGAGGUCUUCUAGAAAUAAAUUGCCACGUUUCAGCUAUGUCCAGUUGUUUGAUUUCCUGGAUGAAAAAUGAUGAACAACUUGUUGAGAUACCAUCAGCUCGUACCCUGAUCGGUGGUGGUGUCGUCAACUAUAUUUUCCCCACAGCGAAGGUUGGGUCCCGUCCAGAUUUUUGGUACCUCAAUUUGAUAAUUUUUCACGUCAGAAAAGAAGAUGCGGGAGUUUACGAAUGUAAAGCUACCAACAAAAUCGGUUCCACUUUUUCGAAAGCUUGCCUUUUUAUA